ACGCACUUUCCACUUUCUCCGAGAGCUGCCGCCUGCCUUGGCGUGUGUGUACCGUUAGUUCAGCUGUGUCCUGUGCCCUGUGUCCUGUGCAGAGAGGGAAAUUAGCGGGGAAGCCCCAGCAUCUCGGAAUCGUAGUCAAAGUCAAAGUCAACGCAAGGAAACCGAAACCUAAUCGAAUAGUGGUUGAACAGCUUCUUGACUAGUGGGUGCGUGAAGAAACUCCCGAAAAAGUAAAAAUACUCCAAACUCCCUCCCGCGUACAAGUGUGUGUAAGUGUCGUCUGUGCGUGUGUGCGUGCGUUUCCGUUUCCCCCAAAACUUCAGCUCGAGUGUGUUCAUCAACAAAUAAAAAAAUCAAAUCAAAUUUAAAUCCAAACGACAACUAAAAAAUUGCAUUAAACGAUAGCCAAUUAAAAAUGUUUGCUUAAACGAACCAAGAUAAAAAUCCAAUUUAAAUAAAACUUUUUUCGUUACACUCACCACAUAAAGGCAAUAUGCAAAUAUUAAAAAAAAAACACUCAGAAAAUGUUAAACAAAAGUAAAUGAAUGCAAAUUAAAAAGCACGACGAAAAGCCAAAAGCAAAUAAUAACAGCAACAAUGUGUUCAUAACUAUUAAAAACGGAAAUUAAACAUAUAUGAAAAAACAAAGCGAAGGCUUAACGCAUUAUGCUAAAUCGAAACCAAGCCAAUCUCAUCUGAAUCUCUACUAUCGCAUCCAUGUUUCUGCAUUCGUAUCUGCAUCUGCACCCGUACCCGCAUCCGUAAAUCUAUCUGUAUCUUUGCAUCUGCAUCUGGGCGAAUAAGACGAUGCAGCAAACAUGCCAGCUAAAUUCGAAUACGAAACCCAGAAUCAAUACAUCAAUCAGUCCAGCAAGCAACCAAUCAAGCAAUUCUAUCAUCAAUUUGCAACUGCCAUCAACUCAUCAACAAUAAAAACAGCAACCAGUACGACUGCAACAACAAUCCCAACUUAAAUGCCACAAAUUAAAAGCACCCAAAUUAAAGCAAAUACAGCAAGUAAACUAAAAUAAUUCUAAAUAAUAAACCUAAUAAAAAAUAGCCUAACACCACUCGAAGGCGAACAAAAAGCGAGUUAAAUUAAAUUUUCAUAUUAAUUAUGGAACAUUCAUCAACAAUUUUGUUGUGUUUGUUCCAUUGCAAAAACAAAAAGGUCGCCGAUUGUUUGCAGCUGCAGAAACAACAACAACAACAACGACCACUGGGAAAUUCUACAACAACUUCAGUAAGAAAAUCGACCAGAAGACCAACAACAUCAGCAGCCCAGCAACAACAACAACAGCCACUUCUUGGAGCAACAACAACCUUUAGCUUCAAUACAACAAAAUUGCUGGCUAACAUCUAACAACUGAACGAUACAACGAUACUAAACUGUAUUAACAAGGAUAAGGAUCAGCACUACCAAAAAAUCAACCAGAACAACAACAACUGCUACCUAAGGUUUCUCAAACUCUAAAAACAAAUAACUUAAAAAGAAAAUAAAAAAACCAUAUAAGCAAACCAGAAAAAAGUGCAAAUUAUGUAAAUUAUAGCAAAGGCAAAACGCAAAGGGAAAACCGAAAGGCAAACGAAAGAGAAUUAAUCAAAUAGAAGAGACGGAAGCGAAAAUCCAGAAAAAAUAUCUGUGACCAGGCGAAACCGGAAAUUAAAUCUGCAACGCGGAACCAAAGUGGAAGAGGAAGAGCUGGGCAGAGCCACGGAACCACAACCGCAGGAAAAUCCGAAACGAGUAGAAGGAAAACGCGUGCCAAAUAUUUGCUUCAAAAUACGAGAAUAAAAUAAUAAUCUUAAAGAGCUGCUCCCACGAGCGACGAAUUGAGAGAUUCCAGUUUGCUGUCGAGAUAACUAUAGUAGUUAGUUCAAGCAUCCCAUGAAGACUACGUUGCACUGGGAACACUAAGAUCUUGGUGGCUGGACUUCGGGACUUCAGACCUCUACAUUUCCAUUUCCAUUGUUGAGCUCUGACCCACACGGCGCAUUGUCUCGGUCUUUUGUGCUAAUCACCGCUAGUUGGGAGCUCCGGGAGCAGGAGCCCUGGCCAACUAUUUAGCCAAGGUGACGAGGCAAGGAUUGCCAGGCACUUUGCAGCUCGACCAGACCAACACCCAUACCAACACCCAUACCCACUUUGAAAGGAGGCGGCGGAGCAGGGGCGGGGCAGCCAUUCAACCCAAGAGCCACGCGAUACAAACCAGCCAAGGACAUGGACUCCCCGCUGCCAGCGUCGCUGUCGCUGUUUGUCCUGUUGAUCUUUCUGGCGAUAAUUAAAGAAAGCUGUCAAGGACCUCAUGAAAAGCGCCUGCUGAACCACCUGCUCUCCACAUACAACACGCUGGAGCGACCGGUCGCCAACGAAUCGGAGCCCCUGGAGGUCAAAUUUGGACUGACGCUGCAGCAGAUCAUCGACGUGGAUGAAAAGAAUCAGAUUCUGACCACAAAUGCGUGGUUAAAUUUGGAGUGGAACGACUACAAUCUGCGCUGGAACGAGACGGAGUAUGGCGGGGUCAAGGACCUCCGAAUCACGCCCAACAAGCUGUGGAAACCCGACGUGCUCAUGUACAACAGCGCGGAUGAGGGAUUCGAUGGCACGUAUCACACCAACAUUGUGGUCAAACAUAACGGCAGUUGUCUGUACGUGCCCCCUGGUAUCUUCAAGAGCACAUGCAAGAUAGACAUCACGUGGUUCCCAUUUGAUGACCAACAUUGCGAAAUGAAAUUCGGUAGUUGGACUUACGAUGGAAAUCAGUUGGAUUUGGUUUUGAAUUCCGAAGAUGGAGGGGAUCUUUCCGAUUUCAUAACAAAUGGCGAGUGGUACUUGCUUGCCAUGCCGGGAAAGAAGAAUACAAUAGUCUACGCCUGCUGCCCAGAACCAUAUGUCGAUAUCACCUUUACUAUACAAAUACGUCGCCGAACAUUAUAUUAUUUUUUCAAUUUAAUCGUGCCAUGUGUGCUAAUCUCAUCGAUGGCCCUCUUGGGCUUCACAUUGCCGCCGGACUCGGGCGAGAAACUGACGCUGGGCGUAACUAUACUACUAUCAUUAACAGUAUUUCUAAACCUUGUCGCCGAGUCCAUGCCGACAACGUCGGAUGCUGUUCCUCUUAUAGGAGUUACAAUUCUUCUAUCGCUCACAGUGUUUCUCAACCUUGUAGCUGAGACAUUGCCCCAAGUAUCUGAUGCAAUCCCCUUGUUAGGCACCUACUUCAACUGCAUCAUGUUUAUGGUCGCAUCGUCGGUGGUGUUGACAGUAGUGGUGCUCAACUAUCACCAUCGCACAGCGGACAUCCACGAGAUGCCACCGUGGAUUAAAUCCGUUUUCCUACAAUGGCUGCCCUGGAUCUUGCGGAUGGGUCGACCAGGCCGCAAGAUCACACGCAAAACAAUACUACUAAGCAAUCGCAUGAAGGAGCUGGAGCUGAAGGAGCGCUCUUCCAAGUCCCUGUUGGCCAAUGUCCUCGACAUUGACGACGACUUUCGGCACACAAUAUCAGGCUCGCAGACCGCUAUCGGUUCGUCGGCUAGCUUUGGUCGUCCCACAACGGUGGAGGAGCACCACACGGCCAUCGGCUGCAAUCACAAAGAUCUUCACCUAAUUCUCAAAGAAUUGCAAUUUAUUACGGCGCGCAUGCGCAAAGCUGACGACGAAGCGGAAUUGAUUGGCGAUUGGAAGUUCGCGGCAAUGGUUGUGGAUAGAUUUUGUUUAAUUGUUUUCACGCUCUUCACGAUUAUUGCAACGGUCACUGUGCUGCUCUCGGCUCCGCACAUAAUCGUGCAAUAAGGACGCUCGAAUUAGACAAUUAAGCUACGGAUAUGGAAACGUCUGCGGAUGGGAGAUGCCUAGUUAAGUUCUUUUUUGAAAAACCAAAAACUAGCGAAGCUGCUUCGAAACAAAGCAAAAAAAAAACCACAAAAAAAUAAUACAAAUAAAAAAUUGUUAAUUACAUUUUUAAGUAAAACAAAGAGCAAAGAAAUGUCGCAAGAAAAAAAAACAGAAACGAGACAAAUUCAUGUACUAAAAAAUAUUUUAUGGACAAACCAAACAAAAAAGCAAAAAUUACUGCCGUACAAGAACCGAAAAAAGUGUUAAGUAAGCUACACACUCACACACACACACACAAAAUUAUAAGAAUUAAGCGAACAACAAGAAGUGAAACAAAAAUUUGCAUAGGAAUAGCCAAAAGAAAGUUGGUGGAGCAGGACGAGAAGAACAACAAAGGAACAUCGCGGGACAGGACACACAAGGGUUACAUAUGUAUAUGUAAGCCCACUGACACAGACAGACCCAUCACAUACAUGUAGGUAACUGUAUGUACAAUAACAGAGUUAUAAGUUAAUUAAUAUGCUGAGUUGAUAUAAUUUAUGUACGACGAACAGACGACAGACACACACACACACCUACAUCUAAGAUAUAUGAUAUAUAUAUGUAAGAGAUUGUUCCUAUGAGACAUUAGAUAUGUAUUUAAAAUGGCAACACACUCACGUACAGAGACACACAGACACUGAAGCACUUAAUUGACAAAUACAAAAACAAGGGAAAGAAUCCAUUUAUUCGUAGGAUAGGACGAAAACAGGAGAAGGACAGAAGAUUGGGGGUAUACGUUAUGGUCUGAUGACCCUUUGUUGUCUGCAUUUUUAAGCUAUAAUAUUUUCCCUUUCCGUUUUCAUUUUGGGAUCACGUGGACCAACAAUAUUUUGUUUGAUUUCCUUCAUUCCAGUUUGCAAACAAAAUAUGAUCCCAAUGAAGAAACUUUUACGAAAACCUACUUUCGUUCGUAUCCAAUUCCGAUUAAAUUCUCACUUCCAAUUUUAUGUGCUUUUAUUUUUGCAUCCGUUGGAACGCUUUCAAAGAGUUGUUUGCAAGAUAGAUUGUAAAUGGUAACAAACUGACACAUAAUAAUGGAUAUUACAAAGGUCUAUAUAUACAUACAUAUACUCAUAGUGAAUUGAAUUAAUUUUUAAAAGACGCAUUCACGAACACAUUGAGGAAGUAUGUUCGUUGAACAUCAUGUUUUUAGAAAAUUUAUUGUUGAAAUAUUGUAGCAAAUUGAGUAAGCAUAAAGACAAACGACCCGAGGGCGAAACAACCGAGUUAUAGUCACCAAUUAAUUAGUCAAAGUAAUAAACGGAAAUCGAAAACCAGAGAAACCAAAAAACCGAACUAGCAAUACAAGAUGAACAGGUGUAUAUAUAUUUUAUGACACAUAUAUCACCGCAUAUAUACAUACACAUAUAUAUAUGGAUAUAUUUUUAAUAAAUCGAUACGGAAACGAGCAAAACUAAAGACACUAAGCAGAAAGGAGAAGCAAAGCGGCGCAAGAACAUAACCCCACUAAGCCAACCAACCAACCCAACUCAAUGCCACUCGAAAUCACAUAAAAGAAAAUCACAAUUUUGUUGGAAAUUUCGCAUAGUUUUUGAAUGAUUUCUCUCUGUCUAUAUCUAUGUAUAUCCCGGUGUAUUCCUAGAAACGAGCUUCGAAUUUUUUCUACUUUACUCUGCUCUCCCCUUACACAAAGCAAAACAGUGAUAUUUACGGUAUAGCCCCCAAAAAGACGAACUCAAACUCGAACACUCUUUCCGGAACCCACCUAAGAAACCUUUAAACGUGAAUGUUUUCUACACAAAAACCAAAAUCAAUGAAAUACCUACCUCCUUGUUGAAAGAGAAGAAACGAUAAUGAUUGAAGGACGAAGAAGUAUAGCAACACUGCCGAGUUAAUCGCACUCCUCUCUCCCCUUGCCGAGUAACCCUGCCCCAAUUUUUUUACGUUGUCCUGCCAAAAGAGAAUUUCUAACAGAAUUGUGUGACGAACAACAAGCUACUUUUGAUAGCCAGACGAAAAGUUUACUUAACGGAAAUAAGAUCGGCCCUAUAGCUACACCCGCUGUCAGAAUGUCAGAAG